UUUGUAAGUAUACAGUCCAAUGGCAUAAAGUACACACACAUUCCAUACAAUCAUCACCAUUAUCCACCUCCGGGACAUUUUUGUCAUCUCAAGCUGAAACUCUUGGAUAUAAUUUUAAGGAAGAGUUAGCAUGCGCUCCUGAUGGAUUGGACUGGGAUGUGAGGGAAAGAGAGAGGUCAAAGAUGACUCUAAGAGUAUUGGCCUGAGCAACUGGAAAAAUGGAGUUGCUCUUGACAAGAUGGAGAGGAAUGGGUAGAGCAAAUCUGGGGAGGAAGGAAGAGAAGGAGUUCAGAUGUCUUCAUGCUCGUUUGAGCUGUCCGCUAGACAUCCAAGUGGAGAAUUUGAGAGUGCGUGUGACAUGCAAGUCUGGAAGUCACUGGAGCUGGGCUAGAGGUGAACAUUUGGGUGUCAUCAGCAGAUCAGUGGUUUUUAAGACACAGGAAGGAGUGAGAUAAGGGAGUGAACGAGACAGAGAAAAGAAAUCAGGGGCUUUGGGGCAGUCUAGCAUUAGACCCAGCUUAAGAGGUGAGGGAGGAAGAGAAGAAAGCAGCAAAGGAGACCGAGAAGCAGGAAAACCUGGAGGACAUGGUGUCAAAUGCUGCUGAGGGCUCAGAUAAUACCAUCCAAUCAAUUUUCUGUUGCUGCUGUUGCUGUUCUGUGCAGAAGCGACAAGUGAGGACACAAAUAAGCCUGAGCAAGGAUGAAGAACUUUCCGAAAAAUACACACAGCGUCGCAGACCAUGGUUCAGUGGAUUGCCAAGUAAGAAGCAAUCCAACAGUGGCCGUGUGCAACCAUCAAAACGCAAGCCGCUGCCUCCCCUCCCGCCAUCUGAGGUUGCUGAAGAGAGGAUCCAAGUCAAGGCACUGUAUGAUUAUCUGCCCAGAGAGCCCUAUGAUUUAGCGUUAAAGAGAGCAGAGGAGUACCUGAUACUGGAGAAGUAUAAUCCUCACUGGUGGAAGGCCAGAGACCGCCUGGGGAAUGAAGGCUUAAUUCCAAGCAACUAUGUGACUGAAAACAAACCAACUAAUUUAGAAAUAUAUGAGUGGUACCAUAAAAAUAUUACCAGAAAUCAGGCAGAACGUCUUUUGAGACAAGAGUCUAAAGAAGGUGCAUUUAUUGUCAGAGAUUCAAGACAUUUGGGAUCCUACACCAUUUCUGUGUUUAUAAAGGCUAGGAGAAGCAUGGAGGCCACCAUCAAACAUUAUCAGAUUAAAAGGAAUGACUCUGGGCAGUGGUACGUGGCUGAAAGGCACCUCUUUCAAUCAGUCCCUGAGCUGAUCUGGUAUCACCAACACAACGCAGCCGGGCUCAUGUCCCGUCUCCGCUACCCCGUUGGGCUGAUGGGCAGCUGUUUGCCAGCCACAGCUGGUUUUAGCUACGAAAAGUGGGAGAUAGACCCGUCUGAGUUGGCUUUUGUAAAGGAGAUUGGAAGCGGUCAGUUUGGGGUGGUCCAUUUAGGCAAAUGGCGAGCACAUGUCCAGGUGGCUAUCAAGGCCAUCAACGAAGGCUCCAUGUCUGAAGAGGAUUUCAUUGAAGAGGCUAAAGUGAUGAUGAAAUUAUCUCAUUCACGGCUUGUUCAGCUUUAUGGAGUAUGUAUACAGCGGAAGCCCCUGUAUAUUGUGACAGAGUUUAUGGAAAAUGGCUGCCUGCUUGACUAUCUCAGAGAGAGAAAAGGAAAGCUUAGGAAGGAGAUGCUGCUGAGUAUGUGCCAAGAUAUCUGUGAAGGGAUGGAGUAUCUGGAGAGAAACUGCUUUAUUCACAGGGAUUUAGCGGCGAGGAACUGCUUGGUCAGUUCUACAAGCAUAGUAAAAAUUUCAGACUUUGGAAUGACAAGGUACGUUUUGGAUGAUGAAUAUAUCAGUUCUUCUGGAGCCAAGUUCCCAAUCAAGUGGUCCCCUCCUGAAGUUUUCCAUUUCAACAAGUAUAGCAGCAAAUCUGACGUCUGGUCAUUUGGAGUUUUGAUGUGGGAAGUUUUUACAGAAGGAAAAAUGCCUUUUGAAAAUAAGUCAAAUUUGCAAGUGGUAGAAGCUAUUUCUAAAGGCUUCAGGCUGUACCGCCCUCACCUGGCACCCAUGUCCCUGUAUGAAGUCAUGUACAGCUGCUGGCAUGAGAAACCUGCAGGCCGCCCGACGUUUGCUGAGCUGCUGCGGGUGCUCACAGAGAUCGCGGAAACCUGGUGACCUGGACGGAAUGCCGACCCAGGGCGUCGUCGGGCAAGAUUGUCACACAGGGAAACCCUGUGUGUGGCUGGCUAAUGGUGAAUGUUUUCCUUUAGACGCACUGACUCUCAGAAACAGCGCAAAGAUCAUAGACUUUUCAAACUUUUUAAAGUUUAAGCAUAUUCUGACAAUUUUUCUACAUGCGUAUUUGACAGAGACUUCGAAGCUCUGAUUUUUCUGUAAUAUUCUUUGCGUCUGAAGGAAGGAAAAAUACUCCAUAGCAGCCUUCAAACUGGCUACUCUUCGUGAGAACAGCCCCGAGGCCCCCUGAGGGCACGUGAAAACCUCAUCCUUUACUGAGGAAGGGUCUGAGGACAUUUCUUUCCUGAAGAAGAGUGACAUUCUUUCCUUUGAUGGCCCAUGCACAGAAGAUGAAAAUAAAGUCUUCCAACUCCUGGAAUGAAGGAGCAGCCCCUGCAGAAUGUCAUGCUUUUGAGCUGUACGGAGCUUCAUGAAAAAUGCACCUUUGCAAACCACGUGAAUGUGAGCCUUCUGGAACUCCCCCACAACCUUCCCUGUGUUAUUUAACAGAUUGUUUUUGCACAUUUCUGAUUAUCUGGGGGACAGUCUCCUGUGUUCCAGGAUUGAGCAUGGUUAUAGGAGAGAGUUCUUUGAGUGGGUCCUGGUGACAUUUCUAUUUCCAGCGAUGUCCAUUGUCUGCAACAAUUCAGAACUGGAAUCUUAGUUCUGAGAUUUCACACUUUGUACGUGUGAAGUUGGACCAUUUAAGAAGUCUCAUUUUGUCAUAGAAAGUGCCUCUAGUACCCUUCUAGAGGAUGACUUGUUUUUCCCACGAGAGCAAGAGGAGACAAAAACAAGAAACCCACAUGUUACAUGAAGUUCCAUUAUUUUUGAAGUCCAGGGUUUUGGAUUCAAGAUGAAAUAACCAGUCAUCAGAAUUAAAUCUUAACUUCUCGUGCACCAUA